GAAUCAAAAACUACUACUGAAAAAUCCAGAGGUAGAAGCCCGAAGCCAGCAGAAUCCUCUUCACAGUCCUCCAAACAUCCUUUCCAGUUGGCCAAUAUUUAUGAAUAUUAUGAUGCAGGGAACCACUGGUGCAAAGACUGCAAUACCAUCUGCGGGACCAUGUUUGACUUUUUCACACACAUGCAUAAUAAGAAACACAGACAGACCCUGGAUCCUUACAACAGACCUUGGGCUUCGAAGACCCAGAGUGAGACCAAACAAGACUCCAUAAAACGCAUCGAUAAGAUAACUGUUCCUGCCAAAGGCUCUGAGUUUCUGAUUCCCAUCACUGGAUAUUAUUGCCAGCUCUGUCAUGAAUUCUUUGGAGAUCAAAUCUCUGCAGAGCAGCAUGUGAAAAGUCAUCCCCACAAUGAGAAAUAUAAGAAAUACAUAGAUGAAAACCCACUCUAUGAAGAGAGGAGAAAUCUAGACCGUCAAGCUGGAUUGGCUGUAGUUCUGGAAACAGAGCGCAGGCGGCAGAACGAGCUGAAACGGAAACUAGUCGAGAAACAGAAAGAAGAGAAGGAUGAGAAGAAACCAAAAAUAUUAAAGAAGGAGGAAGCAAAGAGCAUCCCAGAGCUUGGUGAAGCAGCUAGUGAAACUCAAGGAAAAAUAGAUUCUUCUGGGCGAAAACUGGGUAUCAAGCUUAAGCUGAAGAAGGAAGAUAAGGAGGACAAAAAAGAAGAAACAAAGGAGGAACCUAAAAAGGAAUCACCAAGCCAGACUUCCUUUGGGAAAUUCAGCUGGAAAAAGACUGAAAGAGAGGAUAAAACCCCAGGAGGAACUAUCCCAAAGGAGGACAGUACAGAAGGAAGCAAAGAGGAGAACAAGUGUCAGUCUGGGAAACCCCAUGUUAAGCCCAUUGAAAUCAAGCUGUCUGGGAAAACUGUUAUUCCACACACUAGCCCAUGGACACCAGUGGUAUUCACAUCAACACCAGCAAAAUUUCUACCCAAUCUGCCAGUCCCCACCAUGAUUUUCAGGAAGUCUACUACUGCAACAGUUAGCAAACCGGCACCUUUGAACACCUUUUUGUCCAUAAAAUCCUCUGGAGCUACCACCAAACCACUGCCUGUGGUAAAAGAAACCAGUGCAGAUCUGCUGCUGCCCCCGGAUAUCAUCUCAAAAGCUUUUGGGGGAGAAGAAGUAAUUUUAAAAGGGGCAGAGGAGGAUUUGAAAGCAACAGAGAAAAGUGAGUCUUCUCAGACUUCCGAUAUACCACCUCCACCGCCUCCUCCACCAGCAGUCCAGCAGACAGCUGUCAUCCCUGCAGAUGAGGUAGCUCCAGGUGUGUCUGAAAGUGAACAGACAAUGCUGGCAAUGCCUGUGAGACCCCCUCCACCACCACCACCACCACCACCAUCUUCAACUGCUUUCAGUGAACAGGCAAAAAAGGUAGAGAAACGAAACUCUUGCUUGGCCACAGCCAAUGCUAAAGAUCUCUAUGAUAUUUUCUACAGUAGUGGUGGCAAGGGUUCGGCUGACAGCAAGCUUGCAAGUUCUGCACUUCUGAAUGGAGAAAACUGUAACCUAACAAAGCCUGCAGACUUCUCUGCAAACCCUAGAACAAAUAAUAGCUCUUCCUCCCUCAAAGGGGAUUCUCAGAAUAUGGCUUCUGGUAUCCAGAUGCCUGCAGAAACUGGACUUGUGGAUAUAGGUGAUAGAGAGCAGGUAGGCUGUCAGGAACUCUGUGGUCUACAGAAAACAGAAGUCCAAGAGAAAGUUGGACAGGAAGAUGCAAAUAAAUCUGUAGUUACUCACAGAAAAGUUCCUGAUACCUUGGAGAAAGAUGCAGAGAUGAAAGACUGGGAAGUAAAAGCAGUAAAGCCUGAGCUUAGCUUACACCCAAAGACUUUGUUCCCUGAAACACAGAGUGACAUUCAAAGUUUGGGAAAUUCCCAUUUGGUAGAGGAGAAGUUAAGUCAUAACUGUAGAACUCCCUCAGAAGCUGAUAGUCCAGACUGGCUCUGUGAUUCCCAAAACACUUCAAAAGACAAAGCUUUAGUAGCAGCAACAACAGAGCAGAAUUCUGUUGAUGCCUGCUUAAAAGAUGGAAAACUAAAAAGUGUAGCUUCAGAAGUAUCUCAGCCAGGAGUCCUCGGUGAAGCGUCCCAAAUUUCAGAAACCCAAAAUAAGGUUUCAGAAUUGACAGGAAGUCCUGGUGAAUGGGACACUUCCAGAACUAGUAAUGGAGAAGAACAGGUCAUCAAAACCAGUUCUAGCUCUGAAAGCGGUUGGGACCUACCGAACACUCCAAAUGUAGAAAUAAAACCUGGUUCUAAUGAAGCUGGUGCGUCAGAAUUGGCGGAGGUACGGCCAGACACGUGCCUCGCCAACACAGAAACUAGAAGUAGCGUACUAGAAGCUCAAGAAAAAGUUCGACUUGAACCUUCAGGCCAUGCAGUAUUAGACAACCAAACCCAAAGGCAGGAAGUUGCCUGGUUGGUCAACACCUGCCCUGCGAGCGUUGUUGAACUCCGAUCCAGUGUAGAAUUAGUAGCUGAAGUUGAAAAAAAAUCGUUAGGACACACUGGAUCUGAUGAAACGUUACAUAAUGUUUUUAUCAAGAGAGAUGCAAAAGAAGUAGGGACUGGAGGCUUUUCUAGGGCUCGCUCUGAUCAUGUCCAGGAGUCAGCAGAUUUCCGUAAGGAGCAUCUUUCAGAAGAUGCUGUCCACUCCCCACAUACAAAGCAUGAGGUCAUAAGAACCUCAGCAGCUAAUGACUUUCAUCUGAAUACCACUCACUCAGGAUUGGACACUGAGCAGUCUGAAAGUCUCUCUGCAGAUGCUUGUGUGGAUAACAAAGUUUCUUUGACAUCAGAAGAUGUCAAACAAAAUGAGACUUCCUCCCAGAAAGCAGAGCUGAAGUUCAAAAGCACUGAUUUCAGUUGGGGAGAUACUAAGGUAAAACAGGAAUGCUGCAGCAUCCUUGCAGCGGGACUUUUAAAUGAGAAUAUGGAAGAAGUCUCAAAACUUGAAACUGUUGCAUCUGUUAGGCUGGAGGCCGGUAAACUUAAGAAGCUGGGCAUUGAAAAAACAGUAGCUGACACAGAGGUUGGUAGUUGGGAAGGUAAACUUUGCACACGGGUUUCUCAAACAGCUGUGCCACAGCUUGGAUUGCAGUCCUCAAAUAGUGACACUACGGGAGUGGUCAUGGCGGUUCCAGAAAUGCAGGGCAUUUCUCCCAAGUCUGAGAUCCUUCUGCAAGUGGAGGAGGGCGAAGGUGGUGCUGUUGAAAUGCCAUCACGGAGUUGUGACGGAGGCAGCACAGAAAGUCAGGCUUCUGGGUGUGUGGAAGCAUUCCUUCCUGGGCUCAAAGAAGCACAUGGAAAGGAGGGUGGCUCAGCAGGCAAGGGAGCACGCACCAUCCAGAGCACGAAGACUGAGCAAACAGAAGCUACAACAAAUUCAGGAGUUGCUGAAAGCUUAGCAGAAAGCCCAGUGGGUUGA